CGGACCGAAGGAAACUUUCUAGAAAGUCCCAUCCAGCACUCAAAGUGACUGACAGUGUCGCAACUCGCCCCACUCCUCUUUUUUUCUGAUGAUUUCCCUUAAAUGACACGUUUGUUUUUCUUUCUUUAAGACAGAGGCAAAGUUUGCACGCCUUCUUUUCCGUUUGGGAUAAACUUUUUACCUUUGGAAUCAUCCGUUUGCCGCGACUCCCAAUGGCCGCGCUGUCAGUGGCCUUGCUGCUGCUGGGAUUUAUUGCGACUUCAGUUGUCAAGGCUGGUGAAGAUGAUCGAGAAGAUCAGCUGACACGCAGGCUGAAGGAAUACGGCCUGGUCACCCCCUUCAGCACCGACUCCCGCGGACGCUUCCUGUCGCACCUGCUGUCGGCCGCACACAAGCAGCGCAUCAGGAGGGAGGCACCCACGCCCACCCUGUCGGACCAGCAGCUGUUCUUCAACAUCACCGCCUUCGGGAAGGAGUUCCACCUGCGCCUGCGCCCUAACAGCCGCCUGGUGGCGCCGGGCGCCACGGUGGAGUGGCACGACGGCCAUGGUUUGCAGAACAGCAGUCAUUAUGAGGCGCCCGCCGACCGCUCUGAAGCGAGUGACGGGACGGAGCGGAUACAUCGAGAGCUGUUGAAUACAGACUGCACCUUCAUCGGCGACGUCACGGACGUCCCCGGCGCCUCGGUUGCCAUUAACAACUGCGACGGACUGGCCGGGAUGAUCCGCACAGACUCGGACGAGUACUUCAUCGAGCCUUUGGAGAGAGGCACCCAGGAGCUGGAGGACCAGGGCAGAGUCCAUGUGGUCUACCGCAGGUCAGCGGUGCUGCAGAGCCCAUCGGACAUCUCGGUGGACUACCAGAGCACAGCCCUCAGAGAAGCAGAACUGGAUGUUCCAGGGACUGUGGAGACGGUAGCGAGGCAGAUCAAUGACACGGUCCGGCUCCGCCGCGAUGCCGGGGAGAACGACUACAACAUCGAAAUCCUGCUGGGAGUUGACGAUUCCGUGGUUCGAUUUCACGGGAAGGAGCACGUGCAGAACUAUCUCCUCACGCUCAUGAAUAUUGUAAAUGAGAUUUACCACGACGAGUCACUGGGGGUCCACAUCAAUGUGGUCCUGGUGAGGAUGAUCAUGCUGGGGUAUGCCAAGUCCAUCAGCCUCAUCGAAAGAGGAAACCCAUCCCGUAGUUUGGAGAAUGUGUGCCGCUGGGCGUUCGGCCAGCAGAAGGGCGACCCCGAUCACGCCGAGCACCACGACCACGCCAUCUUCCUCACUCGGCAAGGCUUCGGCCCCACGGGCAUGCAAGGUUACGCUCCCGUCACCGGCAUGUGCCACCCGGUCCGGAGUUGCACCCUCAACCACGAAGACGGCUUCUCCUCAGCCUUUGUGGUGGCUCACGAAACAGGACACGUGCUGGGCAUGGAGCAUGACGGCCAAGGUAAUCGCUGCGGGGAUGAAACGGCGAUGGGAAGUGUGAUGGCUCCUCUGGUGCAGGCGGCCUUCCACCGCUACCACUGGUCCAUGUGCAGCGGACAGGAGCUCAAGAGAUACAUCCACACCUACGACUGUCUCCUGGACGACCCCUUCAAGCACGACUGGCCGCAGCUUCCAGAGCUGCCCGGCAUCAACUACUCCAUGGACGAGCAGUGCCGCUUCGACUUUGGAGUGGGCUACAAGAUCUGCACUUCUUUCCGCACAUUCGACCCGUGCAAACAGCUUUGGUGCAGUCAUCCAGACAACCCUUACUUCUGCAAGACCAAGAAGGGCCCGCCCCUGGACGGGACAGAAUGUGCACCAGGGAAAUGGUGCUACAAAGGCCACUGCAUGUGGAAAAAUCCUCACCAGGUCAAGCAAGAUGGCGGCUGGGGCUCCUGGAACAAAUACGGCUCCUGCUCACGCUCCUGCGGAACCGGAGUACGCUUCCGCACACGCCAGUGCAACAACCCGGUGCCUUCCAACGGCGGGCAGGACUGCGUGGGGCUGAACUACGAAUACCAGCUGUGCAACACCCACGACUGCCCCAAGCACUUUGAAGACUUCCGAGCUCAGCAGUGUCAGCUCCGCAACGCCCACUUUGAGUUCCAAAACGCCAAACACCACUGGCUGCCUUACGAGCAUCCAGACGCCAAUAAGAGAUGCCACUUGUACUGCCAGUCCAAGGAGACAGGGGACGUGUCGUACAUGAAACAACUGGUGCAUGAUGGGACGCGAUGCUCCUACAAGGACGCCUACAGUGUCUGCGUCCGUGGGGAGUGUGUGAAAGUUGGCUGCGACAAAGAAAUCGGCUCAAACAAAGUAGAGGACAAAUGCGGCGUCUGUGGCGGGGACAACUCCCACUGCCGCACCGUGAAAGGGACCUUCACUCGGACGCCCAAGAAAGCCGGCUACCUUAAGAUGUUUCUCAUUCCUCCUGGAGCUAGACAUGUGAUCAUCCAAGAACACGAGGCCUCCCCUCAAAUUCUUGCAAUCAAGAACCAGGCGACAGGCCACUACAUCCUCAACGGCAAAGGAGAGGAAGUGAAGUCCAGAAGCUUCAUCGACUUAGGCGUGGAGUGGCACUACAUCAUCGAGGAGGAAGUUGAGACCCUGCACACUGACGGACCUCUGCAUGACCCCGUGGUGGUUCUGAUUAUACCAAAGGACAAUGAGACGCGCUCCACCUUAAUGUACAAGUACAUCAUCCACGAAGACUCGGUGCCCGUCAACAAUAACAAUGUCAUCCAGGAGGACACGUAUGAGUGGGCCCUCAAGAACUGGUCUCCGUGCUCCAAGCCGUGCGCCGGAGGCUUCCAGUACACCAAGUACGGCUGCCGGAAGAAGGGCGACACCAAGAUGGUCCACCGAGGCUACUGCGACGUCGGCAAGAAGCCCAAACCCAUACGCAGGAUGUGCAACCUGCAGGACUGCGCGCAGCCUCAGUGGAUCUCAGAAGACUGGGAGCAUUGCACCAAGACCUGCGGCACCCUGGGCUUCCAGAUCCGGACGGUCCGCUGUGUGCAGUUCCUCCACGACGGAACCAACCGCUCCAUCCACAGCAAGUACUGCAGUGGGGAGAAGCCUGAGAGCAGGAGGCCGUGCAAUCGGGUGGCCUGCCCCUCCCAGUGGAGGACGGGGGCGUGGUCAGAAUGCUCCGUGACGUGUGGCGAAGGCAUGGAGAGACGUCUCGUCACAUGCCGAAUGGGAGACCACUGCUACGGAGACAAACCCGAAAACGUGCGAGUGUGCAGACCGGGACCGUGCCAUGAUGAACCUUGCCACGGAGAUAAGUCCAUCUUCUGUCAGAUGGAAGUUCUGGCCCGCUACUGCUCCAUCCCGGGAUACAACAAGCUGUGCUGCGAGUCCUGCGGAAAACCAGGCGGUGCUCUGUCGAUCUUCUCCGAGGGCCCCGAGACGGAGGGGCAUGUCCGCUUUGGGUCCGCCUCCCAGCUGCUGGAGACGCUGAUGGCCAAUGCCACUCAGGCUGGGAAACAAGGCGUGGCCAAGCAAGUUGUGGCCAAGACAGGCAUGGCUAAGCAAGGCGUGGCUAAGCAAGGCGUGGCUAAGCAAGGCGUGGCUAAGCAAGGCGUGGCUAAGCAAGGCGUGGCCAAACAAGGCGUGGCCAAACCAGGCGUGGCCAAGCCAGGCGGCAGUAGAUCAGGCAGUGCCGCGAGACGCGUCACCACGCCCGCCCCGCCCAAGAAAGCCAAACCAACAACAACGCCGUCAAGGCGGGUCCCGCGGGGCGUUACGGCAACCCCCGCCAAGGGUCCAAGAUCAGGCAGCUUGACAGAUAGCCGGCGGCCCGCCUCAUAUUCCGAAGUGGAGCGAUGAGAGCGGCCCCAUGUUGACGGGACUACACAGACAUGCGGUCAUUCCGAGUCUUCUCACGCCAACGCCAACGACGACAGCAGCAGCAGACACAAAGAAGCCAUCAAAGAGAGCGAAACAAAGAGACAAGUGCUGGUUCACUUUGUUUUUACACUUGACGCCGACAACAAACAUCACUUGAACAUCUCAUGGCAGGAAACAACACGCCGGCUUUGCUCUCAGAGGCAAAUGGGGGCAUUUAUUUCAAGAUAAAAGGCCACGCCAAGGAAAGGAUUUUUUAGUUUUUGUCUGUCAGACAACAAAGGCUUUAUUUUAAGUUGGGAUCAAACCCUCACGUCACGCUACAUAACAUUGCUGGACAGAUAUUUUGGGCUGGUUGUUGUCCUCGACAUAAACCUCAAGGCUCAGUGAAAAUGUCAACAGGUGCGAACGUUACACACGCACACACACACACACACACACACAGCAUGGAAAUGCUCUAAUUAGACAACAGGGUGAGCUAAUUAUCUGAUGCUGACGACCCUUUUAAAGCGCUCAAAGAGGUAGCGAAAGACCACUCGUGAUACUUCCAAAAGCAGUAACUCCCAUCUUGUCGGCUUAAUGAGAUAAAUGAUGAUAAAUGAUAAUAAAUUAUAAUAAAUGAUGAUAACAAGGAGCAUUUCCAGCCUUUAUUCAAGUGUUUAUUAGCAACAAGAUGAAAGCUAGUCAGGAAGAAAAUAUGUUUUAAUGUCAAGAUGAUUUUUAGAUCCCACAUUUAAGAUGACAUGUCUGUGCACCCCCAUUUUAAAGCAGACGCAGAGGUAAAUAAGGACCACUCAGGAACUCUGCCUUGAGUUCAAUGGAGGCUUUUCCAGUCCAGCAACAAAAGGGGGUGGGGGGGUCCUAACUUUGACAGGGUCCUGUUUUGUUUUUUUUACUCGCUUUACUUCAUUAUUAUUAGUAUCAACUUUUCUCCUUAAUUACUCUUGUUUUGGCACGUUUUUCCAUUUCUGCUGUUUUGUUAAAGUCUCUAACUAUUUCAAUAUUUAAAUUUUUUUUAUAUUUAUUAUUAUUUUUACUACCACCACAUUUUCAUUUGAUUGUGGUAAUAUUGCAACUUUUUUGCAAACAAAAUGAGUUUUUGUUGGUUUUGUUUCUCACACUGUGACAACGUCACAAAAUAACGUUUUUGUCUUUCAUAUUUCAACUUGAAUUUUAAUUAAUUCUAUUUUUAUGUCAUUUAUUUAUUGUUUUCAUAAUUGUGUUUUUUUUCUUCAUAAUAUAACUCAAUUCUUGGAAAAUCACAAAUUUGACUUUACUCUCCUA